GGGAAACACUUAUGUUAAUAAAACUUCUGAAGGAACGUUGUAUUCGUCAAGACUAGACAUUCCUAUACCUUCAAUCUGUGAAUUAGACUUGAAGAAACUUGAUUUGGAGGAGAAUAAACAUUCUGUUCCUUCCAUAUACUGUGAGAAUUUGGACGGCCAUGCUGUUAAUGCACAGUGCACUGCUUUUGGCUUGGGAGUUGGAGAAGUUGAAAAUGUUCGAAUGGAUAUGCUUGAUAUACAUAUAAGCCAGCCUGUUAUGAAAAUUUUGAGAUGGUCGUUUAGUGAUGUUAUUCAUGCUUGUGCACGAUUAAGAAAUGGUGGCUUGGCAGAACAGUUGAUCCUACAGAUUCUAUUGGAAGAUGAUGACAUUGAGGAAGCAUUGAAUCUUUUGGAUCAAGCCAGUUCAGAACGCAAUGAACUUGAUACCUUGCUAUUUAAUACCAUUCUUGAAAAAGCCUGUGAAAAGGAAGUGAUUGAGGUAGUUGAAUUUGUCGUUGAGUGGAUGCACCAAGAAAAAGUCCAGCCGGAUCCAGCGACCUGCCAUUUUGUUUUCUCUGCAUAUGCCAACAGUGGUUUUCACAGCACGGCCAUGGAAGCGCUGCAGGUUUUGAGUAUGCGCAUGAUAUGUGAAGAAGAUGGCAGCUUUCCAGAAAAGGCAGAAUUUGAGGAUGACUUCAUCUUUGCUGAAGACACGGAAGCUGAAUCACGAAUAGUACAACUUUUUAAAGAUUCUGAAGAGAAGCUUGCUGUUGCCCUUUUGAAUCUAAGAUGGUGCGCCGUGCUUGGCUUCCCAAUUUCAUGGUCACCUAAUCAAAGCCCAUGGGCCAGAAGACUGUCAUCUAACUACACUGCCAGGAAAGGAGCCACCUAAUCAUGAUUUAUAUAUAGGUGGCAUUAGGACUCCAGUGAGUUUCCCUUUAUUAUUAUUAUUUUUUGUUGUGGUCGAACGAAGUGUAAGGCCUCCUCAGGGAGGAAGGGGAGAGGGUGAGAGGCACAGAUGAGGUCUUGAUGAGGGUGUUAAAUACCUAGUGCAACUAACUAAUGUUGAAUAAAAAAACAAGACCGCAGAUAUAUUAGAUUUGUAUUAGGCUAGGCUAUAUUUGAGAAAAUUAGGGGAUGCCCUUUUAUCUUUUUUGUUUCAUUACGUUACUUUGCAAGUUACUGCUUGUAUAUUUAAAAGGGGAAAUCGUGCUGCAGCUCUCUAAACUGUGCCUAGGAGGAGGCAUGUUUUGUUGUUAAUUUAACAAAAAAAAAAGAUAAAA